AUGGCUCUCCUGCUUCGAGGAGGAUGAAUCUGGGCACUGUAGGCUGUGUUCCUGGAGGCAAGGGUGUUCCGAGAACUGCCUUCUACGGUGCCCCUCUCUACAGAGUCAGGGAAGAGUGAAGGGGGAAUACAACCAAAUCCCAAGAAUCAAAGUGCACCCACAGAGCCCACUCUGGUCCCUGAGUUGCCUAACACCACCACCUACAAGAACCUACAGCAUCAUGACUACAACUCAUACACCUUCCUAGACCUGAACAUGGACCUCUCCAAGUUCAGAAUGCCUCAACCCUCUUCGGGACGAGAGUCCCCUCGGCACUGAGCUCAGCUCACGGGAGCCCCAUGCCGGUCCCAUGAAGUCUUGCCUGCGAGAAUAAAAUCAGAGUCACAAAAAAAAAAAAAAAAAAAAAAAA